AUGCCGCUCCUUCAGCUUCCCCCGGAGAUUCUGAUACUAGUGAUGAACUACGUGGGAUCUGCUUAUUUCCGCAAGGACGUAAGGCGCCUUACCGUCUGUAAAUAUUGGUUCGUCUUUGCCCACGCCUCGUGUUUCAAGCAUCUCCGGCUCUCACAAGCCGCUCUUCUGGACUUGCUCUUUUCCCAAAAUGCCGAAAGAGGUUUGCUUGUCGUCCAAACGCUUGUGGAAAGCUUGGACUUGGAACUUAAAGGAUUCGAAAACUGGAACCGCCUUCCCGCGUUCUUAGAGUAUCUUUUGCAGGGUGUCAGUGCUCCCGAUAUCGCCCCUAGCUGGGAUAAACCCACCGGAUGCGCACUGCGUGCAGAGUGGACGGUGAUUUUGAACCGCAACCUAACCAGAUUCGCGGCCGCAAUCAACUCUUCUCGAAAACUGCGAGUCCUCCGUAUCCAUGCCUUCAGUGAACGUCAUCCCCUGUUCCCUUUACUUCAACGUCGCAACUACCUCAUGCUACCCACAGUACGCGACUUGCUAUCUGUGAGCAAUUUAAGGCUCCUCGACCUUGAUCUGUGUGGCACCACGUUAACCUCAACAACAGAAACUCCGAAUGGCGAGUUUCAUAUCUGUGCAAGUAUUGGUACCCUUCUUCCUACUUUAAAAGGUCUUCGCCUGCGCAUGCGCAGCAUCUGCGCGGAUGUUUUGAAACCCCUGCCGCAUAAGACCAACUUGAACUUAAAAGAGGUACUUAUAAAUCUCAGUUUGUUUGAUAGGCCUCCAUUGACCUCACCAAAGUCGGCGCACUCCGCACGGUGUGGGUCAACUGACGGGGCUUUUCUUACACUAAAGACAGAGAUUAAAGAUCAAGCAAAAGCUCUUUCAGCGCUUAUGGCAUAUCCCCAAAAAGUAAGAAUUCUAACUCAUAAACUCCCGGGCUUCGAAAUUCGGUCAUUCGAUGUUAUGACUGGCAAAUCCAUGAUACUUCCGAACAACCUAACCUGGGGCGAUGACGGUAAGAUUGUCAAUGAGGAGGAUCCGGAUCAGGACUCUGAAUUUGAAAUUUAA